AUGAUCGAGGUGCUGCUCUUCGCCGGCACCGACGAGCCCGAGGUCCUUCCUCAGGGCAGCUUCGUCGUGCACGUAAGGUUGUGCACCUUUGGGGGCCUGGGCAUGGGCGCCCUUGGGUGGCCGUGGCUGGUGGUCUUCGAGUUCGAGGUCUUCGUUUGCGCUCGUGGCGGUGCCCUUCGACGGGCACUUUUUCCACGUUUUGGUUUUGCUGAUGGAAGUGGCGCCAAUGUCGCUGCGAACAGUUUUGCUCCAGCUUCUACUUCUUUGGUGGUGGCUGGAGGAGGUGUUGCGGGGGUGGAUGACCAAGGGGCCGGUGGCGUUUUGGCUACCAUUUGUACAGGAGGCGAUGGUGCUCGAGGUCCUCUUCCGCGAGCUGCUUUGGCUGAUGGGUCUGGGGCCGGCGUCGCUGCGGCGGCUGGCACUGUGGACGGAGUCGGUGGCGGGCCGACUGCUUGUAACGAUGCUGGGGCCGGAGGUGUUUUGGCUGAUCUUGAUGGAGUGGAUUCCGCGAAUUAUGCUGCGAGGCUUGGGGCCGGAGGUGCUUUGGCUGAUUGUGGUGGCGGUGAUCCACUUCGUGGUGGCGCCGGUGGAGCCGCAGCCACAAGGCGCAAGCGGACAGAGAAGUUGCUCCAAGGACUUCACGGCCUUUUGGAAGAUUGGGGCGGCGAGGCUGAGAAUGACCAAGGUGCCGAGGAUGGUUCGGAGGAACUUUUCAUGCAGUUGGAGCAGCUGCUUUGGGCCAGGCCGGCGGAUCCCUUCAGGGCUUUGCAGCGCUUGCUUCAGCAGUGGUCUUCUGAGCGUGGUGCUGACGGUGGCUGGCAGACGGUCAGCCGGCGCAAGGCGAAGGACAAGAAGAAAGCAGCAACGACACCUUCUCGGGUGGUCCAGCUUAGCGCAGCACCUUUGGCUGCCAAGGGCAGGGAGCAGGCCCAUGGCAAGGGCGCUGGCAAAGGCAAGGGACGUGCUGCUGACAAGGACAAGGGCCCUGGCUACACUGGGUCGAUGUGCGUCGACGAUUGGUGCCCUCGGGCUGCAGACUGGGACCAUGGUGCUGUUGUCGUCAGCACCAUCGAUGAGGUGUGGGGCGACCCUACAUUGGACUAUAUCGUGUACCUCAAGUCGGCUGGCGAGAUGGAGCGCUUCCGCACGCUGGUGCAGUCCAGCGAGAAUGCCCCGGACAUCACCUUUGUUGUCCUCAAGGGUGACGGUGCUCUCGAGGCCAGGCGUCGGGAGUUUGCUGAGGUCGAGUGGGUCGAGGCCCCGUCUCUCAAGGCGUCAGCUUUUAACCCAAAGGAAUCUGGAGCUCACUUUAGAGCUUGGGCUGCUGACUCCUUUGGCAGCAUCAAAGACACGUGGCAGUGGCAGCUCACUCGGGGCCCGGGAGGUGCCGAGGCCACAGUCGAGGGAUUGAUUCGCGUGCCGUCCUCUCGAGUGGCUGCUGCUUUGUCUGCCUCUGGCUCCCGGCAUGGGGGCGAGACGUGGUUUGUUUCCAAUGUGAGCAGGGCUCAGGAGCUCCAGGGGGUUCCUGCUUUGACGGUGCAUUGGCAAGAAUGGGAGCCGAGCGAGGCGUGGGGAACUUACCUUGCGCGUUGCCGCCGUGCCUCUCAGGCGGUCGACUUUGGCUUGGCCCGGGGGGGCCAAACAGCUUGGCAUCAGGACGUGUCCGAGUUCCUUGUUGAGUGCCGCUUCGAGGAGCCGAGUGUUGAGGAGAGACUGCCCUGGAAGGGGGCCACUGCAUGGACCUUCCGUGCUACCAUGCCGGCUGACACCGACUUCAUCUCCAUCGACUUGGACGGCGAUACCAUCGAGUUUUCGCGGCUUGGGCGGGACAACCAUCACGCUCGAGACCGCGCGUUGAGACCCAGGAGGCCAAAGGAGACCAUGCACGUCGAUGGCGGCGGCGAUCGGCCUCGACUUGAUGAUGGCAAGUCGCUGCCUGGGCAAGGGUCCGACGAUGCUGCAGCCAAGAGGCCGAAGACUGGUGGCGCUACUGCCGGCUCGGGGCCUCAGAUCCCUGCCGGCAUGAAGUUGAUUGACAAUGCCGGCCAAGGAAGCACGAGGCCACUUACUCCGCGUGCGCCGAACGCCGAGCAGAGCGAUAUCAAAAGCCAAGGCUUUGCAGAAUAUCUCAGGCUCUUUGGCCGUGAUCAGGCCUGGGGCGGCUCGAUCGAGCUGGCCGCCCUUGCUUCUACCCUCAACCAGCCGAUCUUCGUUGUGAGGCCCCUCGGUGGCGAGUUUGAUAUCAGGGUUUUCGGGCCGGCCAACUCGAAGGCCACCCCUCUUACUCUGUGGUUUCAGCGUCGUCAUUAUCAAGCCCUUGUUGGCGAAGCCGAUGAAGUUGCUGCUCGGGCUGUCAAGGCCGAGGUGGGAGACCCUGCCGAUCGGGGUGGGGGCAAGGACAGUGUGCGCGGCCGGGCCUCUAUAGGCUCCUUCGACGUUGGGGAGAUGCACGGAUCCUGUGCCUUCGGGGCGAGCGUUUGGGCUUUGCGCCAAAAGAGGUACCGUGAGAAUCCUUUGGCGGCUGGGGGCAGGAUCCCAACCUUCGAGUGCCCUCAUUGUGAUUAUGCCUACUCGCAUGCCUCACGGGACAUCGUGUGUAAGGCGAGACGACAGCAUUUGAAUCGUUGGCAUGAUGGUGCUGGGCUCCCUGGGCCCAUCAGGGUGGUGACCAGCGCUUUCAGACAGCUCAGUGCAGACGAGGUUCGUGCCGAUGCUUUUGACUGGAAGUGUCCUGUUUGCCGCUUUGGGCUCCCCUCCGGCCUACAGCAGACCCUGACGAGGCAUGUGGUUGAUCGCGAGAAGGCUGCUCAUCGGCGGAAGAAGCACCCUUCCUUCGAUACCAAGCAGUGGCAGGCUUUGGCUGCGGCCCAGGCUCAGCGGCGUCGGUGUGCUCGGCGCAUUCGAGUGGUUCAGGCGGCCAACAAGCGGGCUGCGAAGCGUGUCCGAGGAACCUCUUGCCACGAGUACGACGGCUACCAGACACUGCUUUGGCCGAUGAUCACCACCGACCACGCUCGGCCUAGGCCAACACGAGUUGUGUGGAAGCAUGCUUGGAGCUGCUCGAGUUGCAACCACUUGUUCACUUCUCGGGAGGAUGCGUCCAUGAAGGCACACCGUUGCUGCAGGUAUUCCCCCAAGAAGGGCUUGCACAAGAUCCGCAGGGGCCGCUUUUUCAAGGCCGUCCGCUUCUUGCGGAAGUCACCACAUGGGCUGCCAGAAGAGGUUCUUACUGGUAGGCUUGCCGAGGCCGAAGCUGCGUUGCAGCGCAGUGAUCCAGCAUGCCGCCGAUUGACGCAGAAACCAUGA